AUGAGAGUAUCAAACACUUUUGGAUGGUUCUCAGGUUGUCGUCUAUGGCUUCUUGCAUUUGCAGCUUGUUUAGUGUUGUUGGGAGCUUUAUCAAGAUCAUCUCACAAAGUGUUUUCUAUGGAGGGCAGCAAGUACCAACUUUCAAUGAAAACCCCAUUAAAAGGGAGUGGCUACCCCCCUGUGUUUGCUUAUUGGAUAUGUGGUACUAAUGGAGAAAGUGAGAAAAUAUUGAGGCUUUUGAAGGCAAUAUAUCAUCCGAGAAACCAGUAUCUGCUGCAACUUGAUGCUGGUUCUUCAGAUUAUGAUAGAGGACAGCUAGCCCUCUAUGUUCAAUCUGAGAAGGUUUUUCAGGCCUUUGGAAAUGUUAAUGUUGUUGGAAAAAGUUAUGCCCUCAACCAGAUGGGGUCUUCUGCUCUUGCUGCCACACUUCAUGCUGCAGCAUUGCUUCUAAAGCUCAGUGCAGAUUGGGACUGGUUCAUCACUUUAAGUGCUUCUGACUAUCCACUCAUCCCUCAGGACGAUCUGCUCCAUGCUUUCACUUUAUUGCCAAGGAAUACCAAUUUUAUACAUUUUACAAACAAGACUGGCUGGAAAGAGCAGAAAAAUAUGGAUCGAAUUGUUGUAGAUCCUAGUUUAUAUCUUCAGGAGAGCACUCCACUUAUGUAUGCUGUAGAGAACAGAUCCAUGCCAGAUGCUUUCACAAUAUUUGGAGGUUCACCUUGGAUGAUUUUAACCAGAGAUUUCAUGGAGUACUGUGUCAAAGGAUGGGACAACUUUCCAAGAAAGUUACUGAUGUACAUCAGCAAUGUGCCUUACCCUCUUGAGUCUUACUUCCACACAAUCAUCUGCAGCUCCACUGAGUUCCAAAACUCUGUAGUGAACAAUGAUCUGAGGUACAUUGUAUGGGACUUGAAUGCACUCGGGGAAUCUCAAGUCCUAAGCAUGUCACACUAUGAUCAAAUGCUAGCAAGUGGAGCAGCUUUUGCAAGACCAUUUCAAGCAGAUGAUCCGGUACUAAACAAGAUCGAUGAGAAUGUUUUAAACCGAAGUUCCAAAGGGUUGGUUCCCGGAGAAUGGUGCCCUGACCUAGGAAUAAGUAAGAGCCUAGAGAAUUCAACAGCUCAGGAGGAGUUGUGUCCAGCUUGGGACAACAUUAACAGUGUCAAGCCGGGUCCUCGUGGCAUUAGUCUUAGAGAACUAUUGCCUAAGCUUGCUGUAGAAGGGAGAUUUACAACCAGUCACUGCCAAGAACAUUGA